AUGAUAAGCUCUGCAUUACAAGUGCUGUCGUGCUUAUUAUUAAUGGUCAGCAUAUCAUUGUCGAGGUCAAGAUAUCCAGGUCGACCGGAUAUUGAUUAUUACGUGCCGGCGAGUUACGCUUACAAGUACGGCGUGCACGACCCCGCCACGGGCGACAUCAAACACCAAUCGGAAGAGCGAACUGGCGACGUGGUCCGCGGUCAGUACAGUCUCGUGGAGCCCGACGGUACAGUACGAACCGUCGACUACACCGCCGACCCGGUUAACGGUUUCAACGCGGUUGUCAGCAAGUCCGGUAAGCCCAAGAAACCGCGGUACGUCGUCCGGACCGUGCCCGCCACCGUCGCCGACAUCACGGACGACCCGCACUCGGCCAGAGGACCGAUAAGUGAGUUACGAAUGGCACUUGCACCAGAGUAG